AUGUGCCACUUUCAGGUCUCCUCACACUGCUGGUGGGUUCCAUUUUGUCAUAGGGUGCUGGCAGAUUACGGGCCUCCCAUUGCUGCUGCCAGGCCCGUAAUCUGCCAUGGGCCCCUGUACCGCCUCCUCAUGCUGCUGCCAGGUCCAGAGUGUGUCAUGGGUCCCUGUACGGCCUCCCAUUGCUGCUGUCUCCAUCGCCACACUCUGCCAUGUGCCACUUUCAGGUCUCCUCACACUGCUGGUGGGUUCCAUUUUGUCAUAGGGUGCUGGCAGAUUACGGGCCUCCCAUUGCUGCUGCCAGGCCCGUAAUCUGUCAUGGGCCCCCUGUACCGCC